AUGGAAAUUGUCCGAACCGUUGAUCGCGCUGGAACGAACGAGCUCAAGAACCGCGUGGCGGAAUCGCUUAAGAUUAUCACUAAGGCGCUUGCCGUAUACGGGCUGCGGGACGUCGCUUUCAGCUUCAAUGGCGGAAAGGAUUCCACGGUAAUUCUGCACCUGCUGCGCGCGGCGCUGGUGGCGGCGCGCGCCAAGGGCGUGGACCUGCGGGACUCGACGUGCGCGGACGAGGCGGGCGAGGGGGACUGCGACGACGGCGCAGACCUUCCCGGGUGGCUCGUGGAGGGGUUGGCGGGAAGCAUGGACCACCGCGGAUGCCCCUCCGAAGGGUGCGAGCACGGCUGCCGCGGGGGAGGCGGAGGCGGAGAAGGGGAAACCGGCGGAGAACAAGCGGGAGGCGGAGGAGGCGGAGGGGAAUGGGCGGCGGAGAAGAAGAGCGAGACGGAGAACGGCGUGGGAGAGAAGGCGAGUUCGGACGAGAUGGCGGGGCUUUGCGCGAUUUAUUUCAGGGAUAAGGACGCGUUCCCGUCCAUGGACACGUUCACCAUUGAGAUGUCGCAACGGUACGGGUUGGACCUGAUAGUGACGGACGACGACUUCAAGGCGGGCCUGACAGCGCUUAAGAAGCAGCGCCCCGUGCAGGCCAUCUUCCUUGGCAUCCGCUCCAUCGACCCCAAUGGGAAGAACCAGGCAGUCUUCUCGCACAGCUCACCCGGCUGGCCUGAUUUCGUGCGAGUCAAUGUCAUCCUGCAUUGGUCCUACAGGGAUGUGUGGGAGUUCCUGCUUGUCACCAAGGUGCCGUACUGCCAUCUGUACGACGAAGGGUCAGUAUCCAUAACUUCCCCAUCUCGCUCGGCUCUUCUUCCCCCCUUUCCCGCUUCCCUUCCUCUCUCCCCUCUCCCUGACCCUCUCAUCACAGUCACACUGUCUCUCCCCCCUGCCAUUCCUAUCCGCCCUGCCUUCAUCUGGCCUUUGCUUCCAGCACCAACGUUCUCAUGCCUUCUCGUCAAAAUAUUUCUCCCUUCUUUACUCCCCACCUCAACUUGCAUCGCGUCCCAACAAGUAAUCCUUUCGGCUCCUCACCGUGCCACUUGCCCAUCCGCCCACCCGUCCACCCAUCCCCCCAGCUUCACAUCGCUUGGCAGUGUCCACGACACCGAGCCCAACCGCGCUCUACUCCUCCCCAACCUCCGCCACUGCCUCAAGACCGGCCGCACCUGUGUGUCCGUCCCUCCAGUCGACCCCUCCUGGCCGCCCCCCUCUCCCUCGGCCCUCUGGUCCUUCUCCACUCCCUAUUUCCGCAGCUCUAGUUGCCGCAUGACCCCUGACCUGCACGCCUCUCUCUGUGUAGCUCAAAUGCUGCUUCCCACUCGCACCGCUCCUUUCGGCCGCGGCCCUCCUCCCUGCCCCGUGCACCCGAUUUGCCACCUGGCGAGGGUGGCAACGGAUAACGGCGUGGAUGUGCAUGCGCUGUUGGAGGGAGGAGCAGAGGAAGGGUCCGUUUUGGAGGAUGCAGGUGCAGGAGUUGCUGCUGCCGCAGCAGCUGCGGCCGUGGCGGCGGGAGGGAGGAGGGAGGGGGUGAAGCCUGCAGGGGAUAGGUUCCUGCCUGCGUAUUUUUUGCUGGAUGAGAGGCUGGAGCGGGCAGGUAGGAAGAAAAAGAAGAAGGAUGCGCCUGUGCCUGAAGCGGCGGAGGCGGGAGCAGAGAGGGGAGCAGCGAGGGAGGAGGAGCAGGAGGAAGAGGAGCCAGCGCAGUAUGAGCCAGUGGAUGGGAUUGUGGUGGAAGAUGGACUAGGGGUGAUUCAUGAAGACGUGGGGAGAGAGGGGUGGGGUGAUGGGCAGGACGGGGAGGAUUCGCUAAGAGUAGGUGCUGUGAAUGGGGUGGCAGUGAAUGGGAGUGAAGGGGAGGGCAGCGGGGGGCAAAGGCUGCUGCAAGAGGGAGUGGUGAAUUCGCCAGGUGGAGUUGGUGGUGGUCAUGGUGGUGGUGGGACGGUUGGGACUACUGGAGUGGGUUCGCCCAGGCCCGGCAAGCUCAGUCUUAACGUGCAGAUUUCGGAAGCCACCGAGGAGGACGCGUCGUUGCUCGCAAACGCAGCGGUCGGUUAUCCAGCCGCUGUCGCCGCCGCUGCGGGAGUCGCAGGAGGAGCGACUUACGUUCCUCUUCCGGAUGGAAAGCAGCAGCAGCAGCAGCAGCAGCAGCAUACAGAAGUAUCCAUCGUGCCAGUGUAUCGCGUCUCGGCGGUAACAGCUGCACAGGCGCAGGCGUCGGGGUUACCACCAGCGGGAUUCACGUCGCGCGGGUCGCUGUGCUUCGUGAGCGGCACGCCGUACGAGGACGGUGUUAUUCCCCCUAACGCCAUCUUCUCGCACCCCAACGGCCGGCAGCUUCGCGGAACGUUCUUCGGGGAUACGCCAGCGCCGUUCACGUGCCCGUGCUGCGGGUUCUCCGGGAUCACUGACGUCCGCUCUUCUCUGAGUGCGGCUGCCGUGGUGGCAGCAGCGGUUACAAUUGUUGGAGUGUGUUUCCUGACGCCCGGUAGCUGCAUGUGGCAUAAGAAGCACUUCUGCCCUUGCUGCCAGAACAAGGUGGGCGAGCACCAAAAGGACGACAUGUUUCUUCUCGCCGACCCCGUGAACUGGCACCGCGCAUCCUUUGCCCUCCCACUCUAG